AUGAGGAAGGCAAACAGCUCAAGAGAAGAUUCAAAAUGGUCAACUCUAGAUACAAACAUACUUGCCACUAUCUUCGAUAAGCUUGACAUUAUGGACAUUACCAUGGGAGCUUCACGUGUAUGCAUCUAUUGGUUCCUUGUCUCCCACAACAACAACACAACUCUGUGGAACACCAUCGACCUCACCAAGCUAAAACACAAGGGAAAAAACGUCUUCUAUAAAUACCGGGUUGAUGAUGAAGUAGAAGAAGCCCUAAGCUUUAGUAAUUUCUUAAUUAAGAUCAACAAGCUCUUCUUUAACUUUUAUAAAGUUGAUGGCAUAAAACUCAGGGAUCUAUUGAUUGAGAUCACAAAGUUGAGCCGCACGUCCCCGCGGAAUUUGUUCUUUAACUUUUACUCCUGUUUACAAAAGGAGGAUCUCAUGUUUGUUGCUGAGAGGAUCCCAAACAUAGAGAAACUUGCUUUACCAGUUUCAUGGUCACUGUAUAAUGAGGUGGAGUCAUUUAGGUUUGCGUUUGGUCAGUGGAAGAAUCUUAACACACUGAUCAUGGUUCAUAAUGAAUUUUUCUUGUUUUGCAAAUUCCAAUUUCGAGUUGUGGGAGAGAACUGCAAUAACCUCAACAACUUGAAAAUUAUGGGUCGUUUGGGUAAGUACGAUGCUGUGCAAAUCGUGCGUUACCUCCAGAGCCUCAAGAGGUUGAGUUUACGAUGCUCUGUGGUCUAUGUUGAAGAAGUUAUAUCGCUAAUCAGAGGUCUGGAAAACCUCACGACCCUUAACCUGACACAUUGCCUAUACUUAGGCAUUGAUAUGGAGAGAUUAGAUGGUGCAAGAAGAAUCCAGAGAUGGACACUCUCUAUGAAAUCUGUCCUUAGUUCAAUCUAUCGUGUGAUGUUCAUGAGAUCAGGAAAAGUUCCAAGCUGGGAGAAUAUGGAUAGCGAUAUUUUAGCCAAGAUUUUCGAGAAGCUCAAUGUAGUGGAUAUUACCGUCGGAGCAUCACGCGUCUGUGUCACUUGGUUCCUUGCCGCUCACCAAAAAUCUCUAUGGAAAACAAUCAACCUCGCCAAUCCCCAACUCGUCGAGUUCAAGCAUCCUCGAGUAAAAAACUUGCGGCUCAAAUCCCAAUAUGUAAACGUAGAAGAAGGUCUACACAAUAUUGGGAAGAUUUUGAUUAGAGUUACCAAAUUCAGUGGUACAGUUCCGACAAAUUUGUUCUUCAACUUCAAUUUCUUUGUAGAAGAUGAGGAUCUCAUCAUUGCUUCUGAGAGGAUGCCAAAUAUCAGAAAACUUGUCUUACCUCAGUGGUGCAAUAUACGUGAGAGUUCAUAUAAAUUUGCAUUCAGUCAAUGGAAGAACCUAUUGAAUCAAGCACAAAGAAUAUUGAAUCAAGGACAAAAGAUUAACGAAUGA